AUGGAAGUGGACCUGUGCCAAGCCUUCUCAGAGAUGUUGCUGAGAAGCAAUGUAGAAGACAUUGAUGCUGAUGACGGGGAGGAUCCCCAGCUGUGCAGUGACUAUGUAAAGGACAUCUACUGGUACCUGAGAAAGCUUGAGCUGCAGCAAUGUGUGUGUCCGUUCUACCUCGACGGAACAGAGCUCAAUGGGCGGAUGCGGGCCAUUCUGGUAGACUGGCUAGUCCAAGUCCAUGCAAGGUUCCACCUCUUGCAGGAAACACUCUACAUGUGUGUUGGCAUCAUGGAUCGCUACUUACAAGCUCAGGCAGUCUCCCGCAAGGAGCUCCAGCUAGUGGGUGUUACUGCCAUGCUUCUGGCUUCCAAAUAUGAAGAGAUCUACGUGCCAAGAAUAGUGGACUUUGUCUACAUCACUGACCGAGCGUACACAUCAGCCCAGAUCAGGGCAAUGGAGCACAAGAUCCUGAAGGAACUGGGCUUUGUUCUCGGCCGUCCACUUCCGCUUCACUUCCUGAGGAGAGCCGUCAAAGUCUGUGAGGCGACAGCGGAAGUAUACAUGUUGGCAAAAUACUUGAUGGAACUGACCCUCGUGGACUAUGACAUGGUGCACUACAACCCUUCGGAAAUAGCCGCUGCAGCUCUCUGCUUGUCUCAGAAGGUCUUUUCGCAAGGCCACUGGAACCUAAAGCUGUGCUACUACACUAGCUAUGAUGAAGACAGCCUGACCCUGGUCAUGAGGCAUAUGGCCAAGAAUGUAGUGAGAGUGAACAAGAACCUGACAAAAUACACUGCAGUCAAGACCAAAUACUCCAGCAGCAAGUUCUUGAGGAUCUGCACCAUCCCUCAGCUGAACCAUGGUGCCAUCAAGGACCUUGCGGCCCCUCUGCUGGGGCAAUCCAGGGUGCUGACAUGA